GUUCACCAGGAGCAAAAUGAUCAUCGGGAUAUAACCAACUGUUUGAGUGAAAUUGGUUAGAGACAGCAGCCAUCCUGCAUACGUUUGCACUCAGUAUUUGACGAAAGCGAAAGUGAAUUCCCAGGUCUACAACUAUAUGUGUGCAAGAUGGCUUCUAGCACACACAACAAUUGGGUGUAUCCUGAAGAUCACUUUGCUUCUAACGAACAAAGUUUGAAAUUUGAAAUUUGUGAGAGGAUUGGUAUUUGGAAUUUUUCCCAUGAUGACUGGAAAAGAGGUUGUUUCAUUGCAGAUGAUGUGUUAAGUAUAAUUCUGAACGAUCUUAGAAAUCAGGCUCGAUUGCAUUUCGAGGGGCUAGAGAUUCAGAGCGACUUUAUUCGACAGGCAAGUGCAAGACAGGGAAUGAAAAUCAUAGCACCUGAUGAGUUUGAUGCCGUUAUACCGUUUACAAUCAAAGGACUUGUCCUACAAGAAGUUCGCCUGCGAGACAUCUCUGAUCAUUAUUUGCCUGGUCAGAUACGACUUCGUGUGGAAAAUGUUGCACAAAUUGAUAGGUAUCCAAGCCUGAAAAAGGCAGGAGUGUUUGAGAUGAAUUCCGGAAUAUGUUUCAUCAAUGCAAAGGCUUUACAAGAACAAGUUUUCAAAUCUCUAAUGGAUAAAGCAUUUUAUGUUCAGUCAUUGGCUCCAAAACCUUUAGACACUUCAAACAUUUAUUACGUUAAAAGAGGAUCCAGACCCCCAACAAUCGAAUUGAAUAUCCAGCACGACAUUUUGGGAUGUGCAAACGUGGAUUUUGUUCCUGCACUUGUUCUGGACACCGAAAUAAUAUCUAUUCCUCGAGGCGUUCUGUCGGCUCCGUUCGACACACCUUUUAUCUUUCAAAGAUUUGGUCUAAUGAAAUGGGUUAACAAAGAGAGAGAAAACCAAUGCAUCGAUGAGAAUGACCGAAAUUUGAUAUGGCGAAGUUGUUCAUCGUCGUAUGAGAAAUUCAUGUUCGACCUAUGCGAAGUCAGCGAGGAAAGACUCUACAUCAGAACAGCGUGUCGCAUCAUGAAAACUGUUGUAAAGAUUCUAUAUCAGCAUCAAAAUCAGGCAGCAGUUCUGCUGUCCUCCUAUCAUUUGAAGACCGUUGCCAUGUAUUGCAUCCUUCUGUUGACCGUACCUACAAACCUGACGUUACCGGGUUAUCGCCUCAGCGGGGUCAGCGAGGCUUUGGGAUACUUUCUGUUAUUUUUGGAGUCAGCACUGGAGAAAAAAGUUCUGCCAGAUUUUUUCCUCGGAAAUGAACACCUGGAUGAAAUAUUUCCGGGAUCGUAUUUCUCCAAAAUUCGCAUCAAAUACAACUUAUUUGAUAAAGAAACUCCGGAACUCGUAAACAUGGCGAUAUUCAGUUUUCCUGUAUUCAAAAAAGUUCUUGCUGGAUGUUUUGAUACCGCGAAUUUAGACCUAACAGUUGUCAACUUUUUUAGAGACAGAAUUCUUAUAUUGUAAAAUGAAUUGAGUGUUUGAACAGACUGCAGUCAUAACUUAUAAGCUGGUAAUAUAUACGUACAUAACAUUUGUCACUGGAUCACUUAUUGAUAAGUCAGUGUUAAGAAAAGUUUGGUGAAAAGAAAAAAAAAUGAAUGCUCCAAAUAGGUUUUAUUGUAUGCUAAACUUUUUAUCAAUAAGUGAUAUACUAGUAAAUAAUAUAAAUCAUAUAAAUAAUAAUAAAUAAUAAUAUCAAUAAUAUCAACAGAGAAAAAAAUUUCAAGAAGGAAAUAUAUUCAAUGUCCCCUGCUAGAGUUGUUUGUCAUAUAAGGUGAUCAAUGAACUAUAAUGAUGUACAUUCAAUUUGGGGUAUUCACUUUGAAUGUAUUAAGGAUGACUUUUACUCAGAAUGAAAAACAAAUUCCAUUAAUGAUAACGAAAAAUCAACUAUUGUGUGUUAUAGUCCUUACAUUGUAGUGUUUUUCUUCACUUUCAAAAAAAAGUAGGUAAAUGAUUUACUUUUUGAGUUAAUGGCCAUUGAAUAUUUUUUGAAAAUUAAAAAAAAAACCAUAAUUUUUUUUUCACUGUGAUUGAGAUUUUCUUAAUUGUGAAAAUAAUACAAAUUGCUUAUAACUCUUUGACAAAUGAAAUACCGUUUAUGAAUGCUAGUGACAUUAAAUAGGUCCAAAGCAUUAAGUUUUCAUUCACAAUUUCUAUAGAUAUUCUAGUCUGAAUUUCCUCUAUCAGUUUUCAAAUUACUACCCAUUUUGAUUCAAUUCAACAAAAAAUGGAUAAUGAUAAUGCUAAAACAUUUAUAGUAUUAAACUAAGUAUAUUGACCUUUCUUUGCUGGCAUAAAAUUUAUAUGAGGUCAAUGAUUAAAAUUUUGAGAUAUGGUGUCUUUUAUCAUUUUUAAUCAUUUUUCAAUAUUUUUGUAGUGUGUGCCAAACGAUUAUCAAAACGAAAAAGCAAGAUAAAACCAAUAGAAAAUAUGCAAAAUUAUGUUGACUAACAAAUAAAAUCUUAACUUUAAAUAUUAUAGUACUACCUAAAAUAUUUCAGUGGAAAACAAAAUCUGAAAAAUUUAGUCCGAAUUUCCUGUUUUGCUAAAAGUCAAACUUUGUCAUAGCUUAAUUCCAUAAUUUAGUAAAAAUAUCGAUUGGUAUGUCAAUAAUAAUUCAUUUCAUAAUUACUUUUUGAAUUUAAAACAAAUUUUACUCAUGAAAUUGCAUGAACUUUUUAAGAAUCCGGAUUUGAGAACUCAAACCCUGAGUAA